UGCGUGUGCACAGCCCCGCGGGCGAGCGAGCGAUGGAGCCGGGGCCGGGCUGCGCGGAGCGCAGAGGUGGCAGCGGCACCAGAACCAGAACCCGCAGCCCGGCGGGCGCCACCCCCUGGGCGCCACCGCCCUCCGCUGGGGUCUAGCAGCGGGCAGCAGCAGCCGGUGCCAUGCGGGGCUCCCGGGCGUCCCCCGCCCCGGACCCCGGGCGCCGCCAGCGCUGGGCCGCCCUCUUCGAGCAGCUGGACACCAACAAGGACGGCCGGGUGGACAUCAACGAGCUCCGCGAGGGUUUGGCCCGCCUGGGCAUGAACGCCGCCUCCGACGCCGAGCAGGACAUCCUUCGCGAGGGCGACACAGACAAGGAUGGAGAGCUGAACUUUGAGGAGUUUGCCAGCUACCUCCAAGAGCGCGAACGGAAACUGCUGCUGAUGUUUCACAGCCUGGACCGGAACCAAGAUGGCCAGAUUGAUGUUUCCGAGAUCCAGCAAACCUUCCACAGCCUGGGCGUUUACAUCUCCCUGCAGCAAGCGGAGAAGAUCCUGCACAGCAUAGACAAAGACGGCACCAUGACCAUUGACUGGCAUGAAUGGCGGGAUCAUUUCAUCCUCAACCCCUUGGAGAACAUGGAGGAGAUUGUACACUACUGGAAACAUUCAACGGUGCUGGACAUUGGAGAGUGCUUCACCGUCCCAGAUGAAUUUUCUGAGAAGGAGAAGAAGACGGGGAUGUGGUGGAAGCAGCUCAUCGCUGGAGCAGUGGCUGGGGCUGUAUCCAGGACAGGGACCGCCCCGCUGGACCGGCUGAAAGUGUUCAUGCAGGUUCAUGCUUCCAAGAACAACAACAUGAAUGUGUUGGGGGGGCUGCGGGGGAUGAUACGUGAGGGGGGCAUCCGCUCCUUGUGGCGAGGCAACGGCAUCAAUGUGUUGAAGAUUGCCCCAGAGUCUGCAAUCAAGUUCAUGGCUUAUGAACAGAUCAAACGGGGAAUUCGUGGACAGCAGGAGACCCUGAGGGUUCAGGAGAGAUUUAUUGCUGGCUCGUUGGCUGGGGCCACAGCACAAACCCUCAUCUACCCCAUGGAGGUGCUGAAGACAAGACUAACCUUGCGCAAGACUGGCCAGUACGUGGGGGUGGCUGACUGUGCCAAGAAGAUCCUUCGGAAGGAAGGGAUUCGUGCCUUUUACAAGGGGUACCUGCCAAAUAUGCUGGGCAUUAUCCCCUAUGCUGGCAUUGAUCUGGCAGUUUAUGAGACCCUGAAGAACACCUGGCUGCAGAAGUACAGCAAGAACACAGCUGACCCUGGCGUUCUGGUGCUCUUGGCCUGUGGCACCGCAUCGAGCACAUGCGGACAGAUUGCCAGCUAUCCCCUGGCUCUGGUACGGACCCGGAUGCAGGCGCAAGCAACCAUCGAGGGUGCGCCACAACUCACUAUGCUGGGGCUCUUCAGGCACAUCCUGUCCCGGGAGGGGGUCCUGGGCCUCUACCGUGGCAUUGCCCCCAACUUCAUGAAAGUUAUUCCAGCUGUCAGCAUCAGCUACGUGGUGUACGAGAACAUGAAGCAGACUCUGGGGGUGACAUCUAGAUGAAGCUGGUGCUUGCCUGACCCACGGGUGUGGGAUAUACCUCUCAAGAAGGACCAUUCCUCUCGACGGCGUGCUCCAAAGGUGGAAGCAGAUGGGGAUGUGUCUUCUCUGCUCUGGGGGCUGUCAGGUGGAAAGCUGGAGUGGAUGGGCCCCUGUCUUCUUCACCUGCACAAAUUUGGAGCCCUCUCUGAGCAAGGAGCGCCGAAGAAGACUGUCUCGCUCAUUCUCCGCAUAGAGUCCUGGGGCUGGCAAUCACUGGGGCCCCUUAUGGUAUCGAUUUCCUUAGGUCUCCCAUGUCCUGGAGGCUGACUUCUGAGCUGAGGCCCUUCCUGGGUAGCCUGCUGCUGUCUGCAUGUGUGUCAUCCACUGCCCAGUGUGAUUACCAUGGCCUGUUUUCCAGUUUUGCAUAUUCCUACUGGCCUUGUCAGGGUCCUGUGGAAUACCAAUCCAACUGACAUUCAUUUCAAUGGAAAGCUUAUCCGAUUAGUCGAAUGGGGAACUCUGGGUUGCUCCCAGUCAAGCAGCAGUCUCCACCUCUGGAGACUACCCACUCAGGUAUGAUCCAUUCCCCUGGAAACAAUUUGUCACCGGAGUUGCAGUGGCUUCCUCUAGGAGCCUGCCAAGCCUUCUCACCUCUGCUUCAGUGGCACUAAGUAACUGAGCACUGGGCGGCACAGGCAGAUACCUACUUUCUCCCUGGAUUUGCACUUGCAAAUGUGAAUCACGUCUGAUCCUGCUCUCCCAUUAUGUAAGGGGCGCUGAAGCCUUUCAGUCCGGCCCUGCUUCACCUUCUGUUUGAUAUGGAGAAUAUCUGUAUAUAUUUUGUACAUUGACUGUUUUAACUUAAAAGACUCAUCUGCAGUCCAUCUA